UCUGUAUCAUGUAUCGACUAAUUUGUCCAAACAUUUCACUUUGACCAAUAGAAAAGUUUAUCCUGAAAGUUAAUUGUGUUCAAAUCAAUUUAAAUUAUAUAUUACACGACAAUUGUUUCAUCUUAUGUGCUAACUGUUAAACUUAAUUAACUAAUUGUUCUAAUGUGGUAAAAAUUGUAAUCAAUUUUAAAACUUUCAAUUAGUUUGUGAGUUUAUCUCAGUUAUUUUUUUUUCUCGUUUAAUUGUUGGUCUAAUUUGUUUUCUGUUUCUUUAAUUUCUGAGAGAAAUUUUUGUUCAUUAUAAUCACUUUAAUUUAGUUAAUCAUUUAAUUGUUUAUCCAUAAUAAUUAAGCUAUCAAAUGGCUGGUUAUUUAUUCAUAGAUAUUUAUUAUAUUAGUUUACAAUUAAUCUUGUUAUCAUUGACUGUCCAAGGUUCACCUUUACCAAAUUAUCAGACUUAUUUUGAAGGCAUCGAUCCUAUUUCCUCUUCCGCCUCCACCUCAUCACUUUCAUCACCCUCCUCCUCCCUCUCAUCAUCUUCCGAUUUAUUAAAUCAACAACAACAACCCCAACCUCAACCCCAACAACAGCAGCAACAACAACAACAACAACAAGACCAUCAAAUGUCACCGGAACCAGGAAACAUGAUUGAAUUUGAAAAUUCAUACCCAUUUCCGAUUCUAAGAGGAACCAGAAAUGGAUCAGCAUCUUUCCCAUCAUCAUCAUCAUCAUUAUCACCAUCAUCAUCUUCAUCCUUAUCAUCAUCACCAACUACAUUUCAACGACCUCCAAAUACAAUUCAUCUCUUACUUGGACGAUUUUUUAAAUCCCCAGAAGCAUUGGAAGGACCAUAUCAAAGAGGUCGAAGAUAUCGAGAUAAAAGUGACAAGAGCUUCAUCCGGUUCGGUCGAUCACCCAACCCCGAACGAACUAUAGCUCUUUGGCCUCGUGAGAAUCGUAAAAGGCCAGAAAAAACUAGCGACACUUAUUUCCUUCGAUUUGGACGUUCAACCAAAUGAACAAAAUCGAAGCUCGAAAGUUGAAAGAAAAAAAACAAAAGUUCUAAUCAAAUAUUCAACUGAUUGGAAGUUGAUUCCAAUCAAAGAAAAGACAUAGAAAAAUAAUUCCAAUCUAAUAUUAAUCUAAUCUAAUCAAAACAAUUAACUAAACUAAAAAUUGUCAUUAAUUGAAAAAAGAAAUCCUCAACAAUUAAAACUGAUUAAAGUGACAGUUGAACCAGUAAACCUUUUCAUCAAGAGCGGAUAUUGAUUAUUGACCACCCACUUCCUCCUUAAUUGUUUUGUCUCAUUUUUAUUUAAUCCAUCAACCUAAUCAUCAAUCUAGUAAAUUUAAUCCAUUAAUCCCAUUUAACUGAUUGUUGUUAACUUGAUCCUUUCUCGACCAUUGAAAACCUUUACAAUAAAAAAAAACAAUCGUAACAAUUAAAAUCAUGAAAUAAACUGAUUGUUUCACUUUUUGGUAA